CUAGGUGCUACUGUAAUACAAAUAAUAAUAACAAUGGAUGGAGCUGUCCACUUACACUGGAAACUAACUUGUGCAGCUCCAGUCGUAAAGGAAAGACUACAUAGCAUUUUCACAGGGAGUAUUCUAAGCAAAAUUAAGAGAAAACAGUUGCCUGUUUUAAAUAGAAGUCAGAGCAGAAUGACUUUGAGGUUCUAGUCCAUGAGGUGUGUGGUUCUUUGGCAGAAAGAAGUUAAGCAUAAUUCCUGCUGUGUGCACAGAUGACAGAAUUUGCACGCUAAAAUAGAGCAGUGAUUUGCAAUGGUUUGGGGCCUAUAAAUGCUCUCAUUGGCAUGUGAGUUUUAACGUGAUCAACACUUUCCACUCUGCCUUUGCAGGGGUUCAUACCGAGUUGGCUUUCUUUGUGGAAAAGCCACACCCACAUUUUCUCGAGCGUGCUUAAAAAGAGAUCAAGUCAUGCAAUAAUACUAGUACUCUUAUAGAGAGUCUUUCAUUCAUGCAUCUUAAAGCACUUUACAAAGGAGGGAAGUGUCAUUAUUCCUAUUUGACAGAUGGGGAAACUGAGGUACAGAGAUGGGAACUGACUUACUCAAGCUCAUCCAGCAGGCCAGUGAUGGAAUAGAACUAAAAUCUCCUGUCUCCUAGUUCAUGGCUAGCCACUGGGCCACAUGGUCUCUCCGCUGACCACCUAGCCUGGCUGAUCACAGGAGAACUUGUUUCAAAGUAACUUCUGAUUUUUGGAAGAGGGCGGUGUGUGACUUGGGCUGUUUGUGCCCAAAGUACGCUGAGCGCCGGGUAGGAGAAUCGGGCGUUUUCAGUGCAGUGCUGUUGCCACAUGUGCAAAUGACCAGUGACAUGUCCAAACUUUCCUUUGCAGUUGUCAUGAAAGCGGACACGCUACAUGAGCAUGCAAACCAGGCACACAAAUGUGCAUUCACUUUCCUGAAAAUCUGGGUUUGAAGGAAGUAUUUGGCUUUCCCCCAUCCCACAAAGAACUUAGCUUUCAAAUGUUGUUUGCAGUAUUGCUCUCACUCGGCGGGGGUAGAGCAUGCCUUCAGAGCAUAAUAUUCUCAUUCCUAGGAUAUUUCAUUUUACUCCGAACGGUCUAUUGGGUUUGGCUAAAAUGCAUGUAGUUCCUUUUUGCUUUUAUCUUUUGUGUUGCCUUUCAUGUACAGUGGGCCUGAUUCUCAGCUGAUGGGAAAUUGCCAUGAUUCCAUUGAAGUCAAUGCAAAGUAUUUUAUAUAGCACCAGACAAAUAGCUCUCACUGCUCCGGCCAGCUCUGGGUGGCCUGAGAUGAUACAUGUCAUUGUUGGAACUGCAGUUUCUCUUUCAAAAAAAAAAACAAAACAGACAACAACAACGACACCCCCCGCAGGCCUAUACCUGUAGCUGCUUCAAUGAGCAAUCUCCAGGAGAAAACUGGAAAUGUUCAGUACACACAAUGCCGAGAAUCAGAGGAACAGCAGAAAGGAGGGGAGGGAAUUUGUUGCAGGGACAAGUAUUUCACGUGCUACUCUCAUCGUCAAUACAAAUUCCCAGGUGGGGUUUGCUUCUGUGCUCCUCCCGAUCACGGUGGGCAGCGUUUUGGCAUGCGACUGUACUCCAAGGUGGUCCCAGCAUUGCCAGAUUACAAAUACCCGUGCGAAAACAAUCUGCUGUCAGGAAUUGGAGAGUGGUUACAAACACUCUGGCCUGGUUAUUUUUGUAAUUCUCGUGAUUUGUAGGCAUUACCAGAGCACUCCCCGCUCCAGCAGCUGAGCUCCCAGUUAACCUGAUUAUCUCCAGGACAUUCAUGCUGUUAGCAUUAUUUUUGCCCUGAAGCAAGUCCUUGAAUAGAUGCACAAUAUUUGAAUUUACUCCUUUUAAUGAAUGACCCUCAGCAGUUCACAAACUGCUGAUAAACACGCUGCAUUCAUCAGACAUGAACAAGGCAUCAUAAGAACAUUGUAAGCAAGCAGUGGUCUGUUUUCACUAAAGCUGAACGCACUUUUCACAGUGAAUAAUAGACAAGGUUUUCAAAGAUGGAUGUUUAAAGUCAGGCUCCUAAAUUGGGCACCCAAAUAAGAGGCCUGAUCUCCAAAAGUUCUAGGCAACCAGCAGUUCCCUCUGCGUCCCUAAUAAUUCAAGUGGGUAUGCUCCGGAACAUAGCUCCAGCAAGGGUGAAAUACCCCUGGCAUGUAUUCGUGUUCCUUCUCUUCUCUUCUAGGUGGUGCGGGUUCAAAUGGCUGCCAAGCUUUUCGUUCUAAUCAGCUGGCCAGAUGGCAGCCGUGUGAUCAACAUCGAAAACAUCAAAGAACCCCGAAAGCCAUUUCAUCGCUACAUGGUGGGGGAGCAGGUGCUAGCCCGCUGCCCUGGCUUCAGUGGUCUGUACUGGGGGGUUGUGGAAGGCAUAAGCGAGCAUAAAGAUAUCUUAGAGAAAAGGCUGCAGGAAAAUAGACAACUCUUUGAGAAGCUAAACGAACCAGCAGUGCACAGUGGGCUGCCAUCCCAACCUAAAAAAUCAAGGAAGUCUUUUCCAAAAUGGAUGCCAGGAAGUUCCUCUCGGAAAUACAGCGAUGACCGGAGCUUCUAUGUCAAACCGCUGGUCGGGGAUGAAGACGCAGGGCUCCAGCGUGAUGCUGCCAUCUCUUCUGUCUUAAAAGAGAGGCGCAUCCUGACUAGCACGACUAGAUCCCACUGCACAAUGUCAGCACCUCACCACUCUUCCCCGGCCUUCAAAUCACCAUCUCCGUUCUUGUCCCUGGCUGUGCCUGGAACAUCCCAGAAUGAAGAAGCAAGGCCUGGCACAGCUACCAGAGAUUACAUCACCCUGACAAUGAAAAGGAAGUCAGAUGGCAUUCUAGCUAAGUGUCAGCAGCACAUCUGUACCAACAGCUGUGAUGAACCAAAGACUGAAGGUUCCCCAGAAACAGAUGAUUUUGAGGUAGUUCCGAAAGAUUUUGGCCCUGGUGAAAUGGAAAGGUCCGAGAAGAUUGAACAACUGGAGAGAAUCAUAGUAGAUCUCCAGCAAGAGGUCCUCUCCCUGAAACGGAAGGUGCAGCGGCUGGAGUCACUGUCCUUUCAGGAAGAACCCCAUAGGCAGCAAGGCGAGGUGGUGGAAUUGUUUAAUGGCUACACAAAGGAGCAUUUAAAAGAGGCCAUCCGAUUUGACCAGAAAAUCAGCACCGCCUGCAAAACACUACUCUACAAGCUGUUCACGUCCGACUAUAUACAGAGCCACUCCAUCACAGGAAGGAGAGGGAACACCUUUCGGGAGGCUAAGCCCAUGAUGGAUGAGCGGUGCAUCAAAAUCAUUAGGGUGUUACUGAAGCAGAAGUUUGGGGACCACCUGAGCGACACAGUAAUCACUGAGAAAAUCCAAAAUGUGCAGAAAGCACUCAGGCAGAAAUUUAAGACGGAAUGUCUCUGAGCAGUAUGUGAUUCGAUGUCUCAUUUCCUAGGCAGCGCCGGAAUCUGGAAUACAAUGCGCUGAGCAGCCUUUCCAAAAAGUUGCUUCACUUUUGUUGUUUUGCUGAUUCAACCCCUGGAUGAUUUGUGGGAGCUCGGUGAAAUAUCUGCUAGAAACAACACAAACUAUUUGUGGCUAAAACUCUGUUUGCAUUCACACCCUGGGAGAUUUUCACCCAGACUUUUCCAAGUCUGGCGUCAUUUUACAAACCCCUCAGUUUGGCAACUCGGGCAAAGGAGUCGAUGUUUUUUUUCCAUUUGUAAUGGACAACUUUGGGGGAAAAAAGACUGGAGAUUUCAAUUGAAGAAGCCCCCAGAAAUAUGGACGGGUAAUCAAAUCUGAUUCCAACUAUUCAAACACCUCGGGUCUGAAAAAUGAUGCUGAAAAUCUCACAAGAAGUAGGUUUUAAACAUCCAAACUUUCGGAUGUGUGUUCCAGACUGAAACGCUCAGCCUUCUGAAGUUGAUCCUGCACUGCUACCGCUGCACGCACAGCAGACAACUAGUAUUUCCGAUCCAGCUCAAACGAAGCUAUAACCUAUUUGCAGACUUGCAAACACCAACUUUAACCUUUUCACUAGUCUCUGUUUCCUCACCUCCUCUCAGGUUACUGAGGCGGUAAACAAGGCAGAGAGGGAGGGGUCAGAGGGAAGCAAGCCACCACUCACUGAAAGGGCAUGGUGAGACACUUUCCACUUAUCUCUCUCAUAACACACAAGGCAGUAAGAUGUAGAUGCCACAUUCAGCCUUGUAGUGGGUCAGAACAAAAAAUGUCACCUCUCGGGGCAAUGAGUGUAACCUGAAUAAAAGCAAUACACGUGAAUUGUACAUGCAACUUAAUGGGCUUUGGGCCCACCUGAUCCUCACAUGGGAUUUACAUCCCUUUCCUCAUUCAACCUUGCUUCUCUCCUCUCAGCUGCAGCCCCCAGCUUCUGCCAAGGAUAGAGCAAAAUAAAUCCAGAUGAGUGUGUCUGAGAAUUUCCUCUGACAAUAGCAUGGGAAGGCUAUGCUAUCAGAAGGAAAUGCUAGCUAGUGGGGUUUUUGUUGUGGUGGUUGCUUGCUUUUAUUUGUAUUGUUCCUAAUGCAGCUAUAUGGAAGACGCAGUUAGAAUUCAUCCAAACUAUCACAAAUCUAUCCAACAAUAGAAGCUCAAAGCAGCUCCCUCCCCCACUUAAAUUACUCUUUCUUUCUUUUGUUCUUUUGCUCUUUCAGAAAACAGAUUUUUCUACUCAGACAUGGAACAAUUCAGUAGCAACAGUGUAAGAGGGAGAGCACUUGGCUCUCUACAGCUGUCCUCUCCUUUAGGAGUCAGAAACAUUACUACCACAGUCACUAUUAUUCAUUAUUAUUAUUAUUUAUUUCAAGUACCGUAGCUCUUGGGAACCCUAGUAAUGGACCAGAGCCCCAUUGUACUAUAUAUAAGCACAGAGAAAAAGGCAGGCCUGCCCCAAGGAGCUUACAGUCAAAGUUCCCAUAAAAGAAUAAAACAACACCCCAGCAUAGGCAUGUCCAGAAGUAGAGCUGUGCAGAGAACAGAAAUUCCAUUUCACAGAUUUGGAGAGAUCAAAAAUUUGUUCUCGUCCUAAUGAGGAACGAAACCCGAAAAUUUCAAACCUGUCCAUAAAAGAAAAUUUUGGGGAAAAAAAAACAUUUUGUGUCAACAAUAACCUAUAAUGUAAUAUAAAAAAAAAAUCUGAAACCAAAAAUCAUUUUGAAAGGAAAAAUCAAAACAGUCCCCUUUCAGAACGUUUUUGUCCUGAUAUUUUUCUCCAGAAUGAAAGUUUGGCAAAAUCGACAGGAUUUCGCAAAAUAUUUCCAUUUCGGUGAAACUGAAUUCUCCAAAGGAAAAGGAUUUUGUCAAAGAUUUUCAGACCAGCUUUACCCAGCAAUAUUUGGCAGUAGUGCCUGAUUGCUGGAGAUACGUUGAAUAGUCCAGUCAGUAACCAAGGAGGUUCUAUAAGCUCCUCCAACACAGCCAUCUCUGCACAACUCCAUAUAUUACAAAUACAUUAUUAGAGGUUGUCUAUUCUUUGUAUGGAUCUCAUCCUCAGCAUCAGAUGAAUUUGUUCUUAUUAUCAAUGUCAAGACCUACGCAAUUAGGGACAAAUGUUCUGCCAGUUUCCAAAAAUAUGUCCACAAAAGGCCAAAUGGAUUAGUCUGAGUCAUCCCUCUCCAAUGGUGUGGAACAUGGAGCUCGCUCAUAAACCAGGGCUCCAUUUCAGAGGUGGUUCAGUUUCCUGCGAGAGGCUUUGCUUUCGGCUGACAUCACUGUUCUGUGAAAAGUCCCAAGAGAUUUUUCAUGAUAAUUGAUCAGGGGGGAUAUUUUGAAAGGCACAGAUGGGAGAUGGGGGCCCAACUGCCCUUGUGCCUUUGAAAACCUUCCCCCAGGACGUCACUUUGAAGUCUCCUCAGAAAGAUGGUGCCUUCAGUAACACAGUGUCUUUUAACACUUCCGUGAUUGGUAGUAAUGAUUCAAGUAGAAAAGUACUGCCAAGUUGGUGACCAGCGCCACCUCCUGAGUCAAUUGGGCUUUUCUCCAGAGUAUCCCACAGAUGGUCUAACUUAGCCCUAGAAGCUUACUUAUUGGGAGCUCAUCAGAUCAUGUGCCAAGGUGCAGCCUUGAAAGCCAGGCAGCAAAUGUUAUUUAUGGAAUUACUUUUUCUUUCCUCCCAUACUGAGCCCCACAUCCUGAUCAACGGAGGGUGAUGCAGAACCAGAGAAUGUUGUUAAUUUUUUUUUAAGGACAUGUUUCUAGCUGCCAAAGGCCCCUGUAACAAAUCAAUCCCAAUUUGCUUCAGGGGAAACAAAUAGGUUGUGUAACCUUUCAGCACAAAAGGUCAUGUGGCCGAUCCCUUUGAGGUAAACUUCACUGUCUGAUAUGUUCCCUGACGGUCAGCAAAUGCGCUCAGAAAAUGGCAGCUGUUUCAGCCCCCUCCCAUCUAUGCAAAGCCCUCUAAGUCACUAAUGAGAGAAUGUUCAAAUGGUUCCCUAACAGCAAAUCAAAGGUGUCCUUAUCCCCUCUCCGUCCUUUGAGAAAUGGUUCCUGGGGCAGAGUGGAGAAGGAAGACACAGGUGCCAGUUCAUUUUGAGGGUAUUAUCAAAGGAAGUCAGCAUUGCUGAGAUAAUUGGAUGCACUCACAGACAGGUGACCCUACAGGAUGAGAGCAGCACCCAAUAAAAAAUGCAGUUAGGAAGCCAGAGUCUCACCAACAUUCACUCAGGCUGCUUGAUACCUCAUCAGAGAACAUCACAUCAUGCCAAGCGGUGUCAUUGUUUAGUGCUCUAAGGGUUGGGAGAAUAGAGGAGGAGGAGGAUGUAUGUCAGAGCUACUUCAAUGAGGGAUGUUCAAAGCCUUUCAAAGCCUACGUCCCUCCCCACUUCUCAAAAGACCUCAACUGAAUUAUGUUCACCUUCCACUCUAACAGCAACAUCAGAGUUAAAGUGAGUGUCUGGACGGGACUUUUGCUAAAAUACACAGGAUACUUUAAUCCAUAAUCUCAGAUAAGGCAUGGCUCUUAACAGGGCUCUUAGCUACUCUGGGUGCAGAAAGGUCAGAAUUGUAGUGAAAGGGAAAGGCCAAACGCAGAAUGGAUUUAGGUGAGUUUUGUCAUUCAUUCAAAAGCAAGGAAGUACAGCCCUUCCUUCUCAUUAGAACUGGGAGAAAUUAUUUGGUGAAAACUUUUUCAGUGAAAAAUGCAGAUUUGGAUUGACCAAACCGAAUAGCUUCAGUCAGGGGGGGAAAAAAAUUCUGAAAAAAUCCAAACAUUUCAUUUUGACAUUUUUUCAAUGAAAUGUUUCAGACUUUUGCUUUAAAAUGAUUUUUUUUGUUUCGAAAUGUCCUUCAACGUUUUUUUUUAAAAGAUCAAAAUGGAAACAAACUAUUUUUGACCCUAAAUUAAUUUGUUCUUUACUUUUCAGUUCGCUGAAGCAUUUGGAAAUGUCUGUAUUACGGCUGAGUUGGCCACAGAUCUGCACACAGUUUUACUCCUCAUGCAACCUCCAGAAUUAAACUGAUGCCUCAGAAUCUUGAUCUUCCUCCUCCCUCAGCGAAACCAUGAGGCAAAUCCAAAGGUCAUUGUCUUCAGAGUUCAAACCAAUUCAGACUGAAAUGUGGGGUAAUUGUCAGUUAACUAUGAGCCGAGCGGGAAAUGAACUUCUUAUGCCUGCUAAAGUUCAGAUUCCAGCUGUGAAACCCUGAAGUGGAUUUGAUUAGAAUGCCCUGGUGUUCAGUAACUGUGACUCAGUGGCAUUUUUUGGAUGAUAAGACACUUUCUGACAAUUACCAGGACUCUUGACCGUUUUGAUGCAUCAUUUCUCUGCAGAUUUUUUUUCCCCUUUCAUGCCUCCCUUCCCCUUGUCUUCCCCGGGGCCAAUGAAUUGGCCUCUGAAAAAGAAUGGACACAGAUUGGGCAGCAAGUGCUAGAGAGAGGGGCUGCCAAAGAAGAGAGGGGUCUUUGAACACAUUGGACAACCCUCUAACCUGCCUAUGAGCAGCUGCUCAAAUAAGAAAAAGACAAGUGGCCCGAUGAUCAGCUCUGGUUUAAUAGUCUAUGUCCUCCAUCUUUAUUUAAGCAUUUGAACAUUUUAUAAUGUUAGAUUUAGGUUUAAGUUUCAUUGUAAUACUUUUGGGGGUUUUUUGUUCAUUGGCCUCAGGCUAAGUUGCCAUUAAUAAACGUUGCUUUGCUUCUCACCUGCCGGCUUAGAAAAUCUAAUUUAUAUAAACACGAUCUCUGAAACUUGGACUAAGUAAUAGCCGGGAGGGAUUUUAGGUCACAGUAAUGCUAUUAGCUAGAUACAAUCUCUGGGAAUGGCACAGCAUUAGACCGCUCUGAUUUCUUGUUCAAUGCCAUUUUUUUAAGGCCUGCAUGCACAAUGGAGAGGAAGCCUAAUCUAGGGGCCAGCACACUGGACUCAGGGUCCAGAAACCUGGGUUCUCUUCCCAGCUCUGGCACUGACCUACCGUGAGACCUUGGGUGAGUCACUGCCGCUCGCUAUGUCUCUGCUUCAUAUCCAGUCCCUGUGUCUGUUUAGAAUGUGACCUCUUUGGGGCAGGGAAUCUCUAUUACUGUGCCUUUGUGCAGGCCCAGAACAAUGGGGCCCCGAUUCCUGAUCUC